UAUGGUUGCUGAAAACAAGAGAAAAUUAUUGCAAAUGAUGUAGUUUUUGUUAAAAUGAGUGCUAAUUUUUGCUUAUUUCGACAAUAACAUUUGUGCAACGCGCUACGGGAAUUGCAAAGAGUUGUGGAAAUAAAUUGAAUUUUAGUGUGACCGUAUCAGUGCAUUGAAAAUCUGUAAUGUUUCGCUUGUUUUGAUCGGUGUCGCGAUCCAGGAGAAAAUCGCAUGAAUGUUGAUUGGGAGAGGCAGACAAAAUCAAAAUAAUCCACAAGAUUCGGUCGGAAUGUCGCCUUUAUGGACGGCAAGAUAUGACUAUCAAGCCCAGGGUGAAGAUGAGCUCUCUUUGCGUGUUGGGCAGAUUGUCUUUGUCCUAUCGAAGGACAGUAGUAUAUCUGGAGACGAGGGCUGGUGGACGGGUAAAAUUGGUGACAGAGUUGGGAUUUUCCCAUCUAAUUUCGUCACAAACGAAGAUCCAGCAGUGCUAAAUGUACAGCCAGUAGAGAUAAAGUUUGAAGAACUCGAUCUGAAGGAAGUGAUCGGAGUUGGUGGUUUCAGUAAAGUUCACCGUGCCUUUUGGAAUGGCGACGAGGUUGCUGUGAAGGCAUCCCGGCAGGAAGAAAACAUUGACGUGACUCGGGAAAAUGUCCUGCAGGAAGCCAAACUUUUCUGGUCACUGAAGCAUCCAAACAUUGUUGCGCUGAAAGGAGUAUGUUUGGAUCACCGUAUACUGUGCUUGGUGAUGGAGUUUGCCCGAGGAGGAUCGCUAAACCGGAUACUAGCGGGUCGAAAAAUUCCUCCGGAUGUUUUGGUUGAUUGGGCGGUGCAAAUUGCUCGAGGAAUGAAAUAUUUGCACUGCGAAGCACCAAUUUCUGUCAUUCACAGGGAUCUGAAAAGCUCCAAUGUGCUCAUAUGUGACCCAAUAACCGGUGGUCAGCUGAAAAACAAAAUCCUUAAGAUCACAGAUUUCGGUCUUGCACGUGAGGCGUAUACAACAACCAGAAUGUCUGCGGCCGGUACCUUCGCGUGGAUGCCACCGGAAGUUAUCAGGUCAGGCACGUACUCGAAAGCCUCGGAUGUUUGGAGUUACGGUGUGCUUCUGUGGGAAUUGCUAACCGGCGAGACGCCGUACAAAGGAUUUGACUCACUAUCGGUCGCUUACGGUGUAGCUGUCAACACACUAGCCCUGCCAAUACCUAAGACCUGCCCAGAAGCGUGGGGAAAGCUAAUGAAGUCCUGCUGGGAAUUGGAUCCUCAUCGGCGACCCUCGUUUAGGGAUAUCGAAAAAGAUUUAGAUAUUAUCGCACGUUCAGGAUUUGCGCAAACACCUCACGAAUCAUUCCACAUGAUGCAGGAUGGUUGGAAGAAGGAGAUUGCCGAAGUUCUUCAAGAGCUGCGUAGAAAAGAGAAGGAACUACGCAGUAAGGAGGAGGAACUCAGCCGAGUGCAGCGAGAACAACGCUUCAAAGAAGAAGAUCUAGCUAAACGUGAGCAAGAGCUGGAUGCACGUGAAAUCGAGCUUCUGGGACGUGAAUUGAAAAUUAUCAUCACCCAGAACACGCCUACGCCUAAAAAGCGAAAAGGAAAAUUUAGCAAGAGCAAAUUAAGGUUAUUGAAACGCGAACCGGGUCACAUCUCGUUUCCACUUGAUUUUCGUCACACGAUAACGGUGCAGCCUACUGCUAUUCGAGACGAUUCUCGACAGCGCACGGAUACUCCUCCCGGUUCACCAGCCACUAGACUGAGGGCUAUAGCACUUCCGGCCGAUGGUAUGAAGGGUAAAACCUGGGGACCGUCGACUUUGCACCAGCGCGAGCGAGGUUACUUGCCAGCACUCAAAUCGACAGUUCGGACACCGCAUUUCAGUAAAAGUGCCCCGAAUUUGGACAAAUCCCGCUCGGUGGUCUCCACCAGUUCGUCGCGUAACGACAUAUUAGAUUACGACACUGAUGAGUGGUAUCCGUCUAAUCUUAAUGUCGUGGGUGACAGCACGUCGUUGAGUACGCCGCUUUGUACUAGCCUGACCAGAUUCAAUGGACUUCCCAGCACAAUUCCAAUGCCAACGCUUUAUACUUCCGAAGGGCAACGUAAACCAAAGUUAUCGAUUAUAGAGUUAGUGUUGUACAAUAUUGCUUCAAUGCUGGCGGGUGUCGCUUCCGGAUAUGACGUUCGAGUUUCGAAUGUUACGCCCUUACAUCCUCGGUUACACCCAUCAUCGGUGCUAAAUGACGUUUAUCAGCCUCAGCCUAGUCCCUAUCACAACCUACGUCAACUACAGCAGCCACAAUUACCAAUGCCCCAGAAUGUAGAUAGUAAUGUAGACCAAGUAGAGUACACUGAAGAACAUAACGAAAUGAUGUAUGCUCACAAUACUUACCACGGACCAGUGAAGCAAAGCAGGACACCUUUAUCAUCGCUCAGUCCUCGCCAAGACGAGCGACCAUUGAGAUUCACUGAUUCACCUCAAAACUACCUACCUUCCACGAUGUCGACAACCAGUGGCCUGGGAUCAAACUACACCCCGUCUGGGCCAAGCUCUUCACUAAGUGGAGGUGUCGGCACCCAGCCGCCGACGCCUUCUCCGAGACGAAAAUCUAGUGCUGCUUCCUUCAUCGAUUAUGGCGAUUUACCGGAAGAGCAGGAGAGUAGAGCUGGUCUCUAUGUGCCUGGCGAUUACGUCAACUAUCCUUACCAAGCCAACAGCAUGCUCGCCUCCGGGGAAAACGCUGGCUAUUUCGGAACAAAUUAUUUCCCAUAUCGACCUGAAAUAAAUUUUGCAUUUGAACGUGACACAAAGUCAUACGGAGGAGAACCAGUCUAUGAGGACCACCACUACGACAGUGCUUCGUACCACGAUUAUGCAUACGAAGGAGGCAUACCUCAACGGUUCAAUGCGCCACGUGUUCCUGCUAUGGGUGUAAGUGCCGCUGGUCACAGGAGAACGCUGUCCAACGUUUCUGCAACGGCUAGCAAUAUCAAUCAAGGGUUUCAUCUAGAUCAGGAUGAUGACGUUGAAGUAGUAGAUGACACUAUUUAUAAUCUAAAUCAGUUCUACAUAAGCAGUAAUCCCAAUGCAGUCAAAGUGCCCGAAACUACCUUCGUUCCUAAUCGUAUUCGUGAGUAUGAAAACAUUCCAAACUACUUUAAGCGGCAAACUAGUCUGAACGCUGGUUAUUCGGGUCACUUUUCUAAUGAAUUUAUCAAUAUCACCAAUCAUGAGCGACCUAUGAGCUUAGGUUUAGAGCACGGGGGAAUACAAUCUGCUGGGGCUGGUUCCCAAGUAAAAUUACGAUCUAGUUUGAAGAAGCACAAUUCCCAGCAACAUCAGCAGCAUCAAAAGAAAUAUAGCACUGGUUCAAGUGGCAGCUGUGGAACACCGGGUACUGCGAAUCAGACACCACCAGAUAGCCUAACUAGUGAUGAUAGCUCGUACUUAAGUGCGAAGGAUAAUUCUUCUUCGAUGUCGUCUCAGAGUCGGGUUCGAUUCACGCCUGAAAUACUAUUGGAUAUACAACAGCCACAGCUGCAGCAGCAGCAGCAGCAACAACAACAACAUCAUCAACAGCAGCUAUCUUCCCAGCAGACUCAAAUUAGUCAAAGUUCUGCUCUUGGAUCACACGUUCCCCUGGGACGAAGGUCGUCAGGUGGCACCAUACCGGUAGCGUCUUCAAGCAAUACUUCUCUUGUGAGCAGACGUCGCUCAAACACAAGUGAAUCCGAACAAUCCUAGCAGUACGUUAAAACCUAUAUGGUGUAACUUUCGAUUUCCCUCAUAGUGCACUUAUUGACCUGCGCACUUUUUAUGGGUAAGACAAGCGGGGUGAUAAGAAGAUUAAGAGAUCAAAGAAGGAAGCAAUUUUGUUGCCGCUGAUACAGAUAGAGUGAAAGUGAUUACGUGCUUGAUUUCCUUUAUUGCAGUAUUGAAAAGAGAGAAAAAAGUAACAUUAAUACUCAACAAAGAUCGUAUCAAUUCCAUGUCGGUAGCAGCAUCUAUAAAAUACUCAGAAAUAUUGCUACGCCACUUUUAGCUCUGCGAAAAACCAAUAAAACAAUUCCAAACUGAGCAGCCAGCGGUUCAAAGGUUUCGAACAUGGUCGGGGAAAAUGUUUUAUCGCAUUGUGGUUCUACCAUAACGACCAGUAUUCAGCAGUGUUUAUGUAGGAAUGUCUUUGCUCAGUUAGAUUCCUUUGUACGUUAUGGUUGGGAAAUGUUCUAGGGACAAUAUCUUUGAUAGCACUGUUUCAUGUCAGUACCACACUUAAUAUCACCAGGUCUCUCGGUUUCAACCAUAAACAAUCGUUCUAGGGUUGUUAAUUGUCGGCUUCUGCAGUGCUUUAAGCCGAAGACAAGAUUAUUCAAAGAGGAUUAUUCUAUCAAGCACAGCCAAAUUUUCUAGAAAACCCAAUAUAUACCACAUCAUUCCUACCUACUGCCAUAGUCAAGUGGCUGUGUUCGAUCGAUAAAUUAAUUUAGCCAAACCCCACAGCUUAUACCAGCUCUAUGCGGGGGCGUUCAGAAACUUUGAGCCGCUUCUGUUUGUUUCGUACUACCUACUCAUUCCAUGCAUCGAAACUUUUCUUUUUAACUUUUACUAAAGAAGAAAGUGCAACACAGUGUUGGAAAAAAGACACAGUUAGAGUUUUGUUUUUGCUUUUAUUUGAUGGCUUUAAUGGUGCUACGUGCUAUCGUGCUCUUUCGUUGUGCAUUGUGCUUAUUAACGUUGCGUCUGUCCACAAAUUUCUUUAACGUGUUCUGGGUAGGGUUGCUAUUUAAUGUAGCUGUUCUGCUCGGUAAACUUCUACGUCUAUAUUUGCAGCGAUCGCUUCAAUUGUAAACUCGAACCAGUUUCAUUCUAAAAACUAACGAAUAGGGGAAAGUGGGGAAAGAUGGCCACCCUAACGAAGCUUGAAUGAAAUUCCACUAUUUGAAACAGAAAAUAAAUAUUUUUACAAUCUUAG